CCAGCGAUUUGACAAGCAAAGAAAGAGACUUUUGUGUCAUUUUGUGAAUAUUGAGACGGUACAAUUUAAUUAGCAGAAGUCAGACCAUUGUAUGGCACACAGUUUCAGAGCUUUUUCGAUGUAGCUUCCGAGAACAUUCCUGUUUUUGAAUUUGUUUUGACUUUUGAUUAAACUUGUAUGCCUACUUAGAUUGUGUGUAUUGAUCAUAUUCCCACCAUGUUCCCUCCCCCUUCGCUUGCUGACACGGUCCGGAGACUUUUCUUUUAGCUAUUUUCUAACAUAAUUAAACUUCCUGCAUUUCUUAGAUUCUGUUUUCCUGGAAAACACCCAUUGAUUGGUAAAGGCUUUCCCCUCAGAACUCAAAUGUCCGCUAUCUUCAAGCCAGGAAAGUUGCAGGUUGCAAAGUAUGGAGUUAGAUUCGCCUAGCCCACCACAGUUCGCUGUUGGCAAGGUGAGUGCGGAUUUUUUAAUUUUGUCUGGAAUCCCAAACCAGGCUUGGAAAGAGAUACACAGUGUUUGUAAACUUAACUUAGACUUUCGUUUUAAUGAGUAUGAAGGUGUGGUAUAUUUGAGUUUCCCUUCAUUCAGUAUAGAAGAUAUCAUCGUCAGAGAUGGCGGAUAUGGGGAGUGCAUUAUUCAGAAUGAGACCGAUGUUUUCUCUGGCUGCCUGAAGGGUAAUGAUGAUAGGCCGGCCCUGGUUUAUGAGGGAGCCCUCAACCGGUUCCUGCAUAUCCUUCGACAUUCAGAUUUUGAAGCCCAGAUGCAGGAAGUUUUGAAAAAAAAAAAGGACGCCAUUAUUUUUGUGGGUCAUUCCAUAGGAGGUGCAGUUGCAACUCUGGCCAUGCUCUGGCUCCUGGGAAAGAGGGAGAAGGUGAGCCAUGUCUCUCCGUUUUGCAUUACUUUCGGUUCUCCUUUGGUGGGAGAUGCUAGGCUUGGGGAAGCACUUGGCCGUGAAAAUUGGUCGGGCAAAUUUUGUCACUUUGUUUCCAAGUAUGACAUUGUUCCUAGGAUGCUGCUCGCACCAUUUGAAUCAAUUUCCGAGCCUUUAAAUGCAAUUGUGCCUACUUGGCGGACCAUGAUGAGCACUGAUUCUGUUACUGUAUCAAAUCCGCCUACUCAAAAGGCUUGCAAGACUCUUCUUAACAAAGUCCUACAGUGCACGUCUACAAUAUCAAACAAUUACCAAGGAGAAUCUGGUCAUAGAAGCCCAUAUAGACCAUCCGGUACUUACAUGUUCUGUUCAACUGACAGUGCAGCCUGUAUUGAGGACCCUGAAGCUAUCUGGAAAAUGCUCCAUUUCACCAUGCAAAGCACAGAGAAGAAGUCUUUUGUUACAGGCGCAUGCAUGACAGAGCAUCUAGGCUAUAGCAAUAUGUUGGAAAAGGUCACUGAAUACCUACUUAAAAAUGCAGCAAAAGUUGGAAACUUCAUCUCAGAAUCCUCCUUUGAGAUGGGAACAGCUAUGGAAUUGGAAGCAAUGGGUGUUGGGGCUCAGAAUAAUAGUGCAUUUAUUGCCCUCAGAGAAGCUGGAUAUUUGAAAAAGAAACAUGUUCUGAAUAUUGAGAAACUAAACUAUGAGUUGAGCAAGUACCAAAGCUAUAUGGCAGAGCUGGAAUGGUACAAAGUGACCUGUAGGGCCAAUGGCGUUGGCUAUUAUGACGCUAUGAAAUCUCUUGGUGACCUUGACAGGAAAGAUUUUCGUGCAAAUUUGACUAGAAUAUCUCUGGAAAUAUUCUGGAAUGAUAUUAUUGAGAAGGUGAAGAAUCAUUUAUUACCCAGUGACUUUCAACUCCAAAAUAAAUGGAUCAAUGCUGGUAAUACAUACAGAAGACUUGUGGAGCCCCUGGAUAUUGCGGACUUCUAUCGCCUCCACAAAGAUCAUGGAAGCUAUCUUGCAAAUGGGACCAGACCAAACCGUCACAUAAUUCUGGAAAAAUGGCUCAAUGAUAAAGAUCAAACUCGACUUGAGAGAGUUACAAAAGUUAGAAAUUCUCGCACAAAGUUCGCAUCAUUGACUGAGGAUUCCUGUUUUUGGGCCCAUUUAGAAGAGGUUUGCAAAGUUUUAAAAAUUCUUCAACAAGAGAAAGACCAACACCAAGUCAUGAACGCCCAACUGAAAAAAAUUCUAGAAAAUUUUGAAGACUAUGUGUGGAGGAUGAUCAAAUAUCACAGUAUCUCUGUAGAGGUUUUCUUGCAGGGGAGUAGCUUCAUGAAAUGGUGGGAACAAUGUACACAUCUUCAGCUUCAUUCAAACCCUGAUUUGUUCACAUUCAUGGAAAAUGAGGGUUGGAAGUUGCAAGGUUAGAAGAAAGAGCCUCUCCUUGUUUGAGAGACACAAUUUAACUCAUAUUUUCAUUUUAUUGUUGAAGCAUUUUCUGGGUAAACUGCAAUGAAGUUAUCAAAUUUUGUUU